UUGACCAGUUGACUCAACAUUGCCACGCCCAUCCAUCUAUCCUUGUUAAAAUUUAUUUAUUAAUUUAUUUCACUAAGUUACAAAUUGUGUGGACUACUGUGGACUUGUGGAGUCUCAAACGGCGAUAAUUUGGUUUUGUGACUGAGGUAAAUUUCGCAGGUGUUAAGUUUACAGCAAAAACAUGUCACGAACUGCCAGAAACGUGGGAGCCAUUUCAGCGAGUGGAGGAAGGGUCAAAACAAAACUAACCAAAUCAGGAGACAUGAUCGCGUACAGUGAAGCAGCGGUAAGAAAUAACCAUGGCGUAGUGGAGUAUUGUCGCACAUCAAUGGCUGCUCUCUCUGGUGGAACUGCAGGAAUUUUAGGUCUGACUGGUUUUUAUGGAUUUGGCUUCUACUUUUUCUCAGUCGUCGGAUUAUGGGCACUUCUUUUACUGAAGGCUGGAAGUCAGUGGAAAAAAUUCUUUGUCAACAGAAGGAGCCUUUUGACAAGUGGAUUCAUAGGUGGACUGUUCACGUACAUCCUAUUUUGGACCUUCCUAUAUGGAAUGGUCCAUGUUUACUAAAAUUGACGUCUUGGACCAUAAAAUCACUGUGGAAAC